AAUGUGUAAAGAAAAUAUUGGGCCAAAUGAUUUGACUUCAACAUUUUGUGGAACUCCAAAUUAUAUUGCGCCGGAAAUUCUUCGAGGGGAAGACUAUGGAUAUAGCGUUGAUUUUUGGGCUCUGGGUGUUUUAAUGUUCGAAAUGAUGGUUGGGCGUUCGCCUUUUCAAGCACCUAUAGAAGAAUAUCAGGAAUAUUCUGAGGAUUUUCUGUUUCAAGUUAUUUUGGAAAGACAAAUCCGUAUUCCUCGAAAUUUGAGUGUCCGUGCUGCAAAUGUAUUAAAGGGUUUCUUGAACAAGGAUCAAAACGAAAGAUUGGGAUGUAAGCCUGAUUUGGAGGAAGGACUUAAUGACAUAAAAACGAAUGCUUUCUUCAGAUACAGCAUUGAUUGGGAAUUGCUUGUUGAACGCCGAAUCACCCCUCCAUAUAAUCCAAAUAUUAAUGGUGACAGGGAUUUGCAACGAUUUGACACUAGUUUUACAAAUGAGGAUCCGGCGCUUACUCCUGAUGAACCAGAAGUCAUUGCUCGUAUUGACCAAUCCGAAUUUGAUGGAUUUGAGUAUGUAAACCCGUUAAUUUUUAACAAGGAAGAUUCUGUUUAAAAAGAGAAAAAUGGAGAAGAGAGUCUCGCAGAGUUUUUUCUGUUAUAAGAAGGCAAAUAAUAAAUUAAGGGUCAGCCCAAGUAGGCGCAAAGCCAUAACUUAUUUCAGGAUUCCCGAAUUUUAUUAAAUUUUGUAAUAAAUGAUUCUUCUAUUUGAGGUAAAGUGAUUGGUACCAAAAUUGAUAAGGGCCAGGAAUUUUCCAGCUAGUUAUGGCUUUGCGCCUACUGGCCCGUGUGCCUACUUGGGGUGCCCCAUAAAUUAAUAAUACCUAAAUUAUUUUUGGAGAGCAGCAAAAGAAUAUACUUAAAUGUGCAGCUUUGAUUAUUUAAUUUUAAAAGAAUCAACAAAAUGUCUAAUUUAUUUUUGGAUUUUUUUGGAAUUUUGUUGAUUGAAAUUUAUUUCAGUUUUUGACCCUACACUCAUAUCUUUUAAUUUAAAAGCAGCUUGUUUUUCAUUCCAUUCAAAUUAAUAAUAUAGCUUAUUUUCUCUUUUAUUUAAAAUUAGAGUUAUUAAUUUUAAGAAUUUUUUUCUGAUUUUAACAAUUAAGUUUCAAAUUUUGAAUUCAAAAAAAAACUGACAAUAAUUUUAUCAACUCUAAUUUUAAUUUAAAAAUAUAUCUUUCCCUUUACUUUCCAAAAAUCGUGUCUUAAAUUUUAUUCCGUUGCUGUUGGACCUCACUUUUAUUUCAUAAUUCUGAAAUAAUUUGUAUCUUAAUAAUGAAUUUUGCAUUAAUUGGAGCGUAUACACAUUAGUGAUGCUCGGGAGAAGAAAAACCCCGGGAAACGUGAGUCGGUUCGGGAAAUGAUUUCGGGAGUCGGGAUAUCCGAGCAUCACCAAUACACAGCUUUCUUUUACCCAAUAGCCAACCUAAUUUAACGAAUAUAUUUUUUAGUGAGGUCCAACAAUCGUCUU